AUUUAUUAGAUUGGGCUUAAAAGUCCACCACUACACUUUCAUAGCUUAAAACUGACCUUAUUCACGAGGCAAGAACCACUCUUUCUGGUCUCCGCGUUAUUCUCUAUCUCUCUCUCCUCUUUCUCUCUCUAGAAACCAGAGCAGGAAAAACAAAACAUUCUAUCGAGAAGAAAACUCACUCACAGUCAGAAAAUGGCUUCUCUUUUCAUAUCUACGACGACUUGGGACUCCAAAUUUACUACUUACAUCACUUUGUUCGUUUUUCUGCUUUCUUCUUCUAUCUUCAUUUCAACAGAAGCCUAUGAUGCACUUGACCCGAAUGGAAAUAUUACAAUCAAAUGGGACAUCAUGUCCUGGACCGCUGAUGGCUAUGUUGCUACUGUUACACUUUACAACUUCCAGCAAUACCGUCACAUCGAAGCCCCAGGAUGGCAACUGGGGUGGACAUGGACAAAGAAGGAGGUUAUAUGGAACAUGGUGGGAGGCCAAGCCACAGAGCAAGGAGAUUGCUCGAAAUUCAAAGGGAAUAUCCCACAUUGCUGCAAGAAGAACCCGACAGUCGUCGAUUUAUUGCCUGGGACUUCUUACAAUCAACAGGUUGCAAAUUGCUGCAAAGGGGGAGUGCUCAGUUCAUGGGCGCAAGAUCCAGCUAACGCUGUAGGCUCAUUCCAGAUAAGUGUUGGUAGCUCAGGAACAACCAACAAGACAGUCAGGGCGCCGAAAAACGUGACUCUCAAAGCACCGGGGCCUGGCUAUACUUGUGGACGUGCAAGCAUUGUCAAGCCCAGCAGAUUCACUACCUCGGAUAAACGGAGAGUCACACAAGCUUUGAUGACAUGGAACAUUACUUGUACAUAUUCACAAUUUCUGGCUUCCAAAACCCCAACCUGCUGUGUUUCUCUCUCAUCGUUUUACAAUGAUACAAUAGUUUCCUGCCCUACUUGUUCAUGUGGCUGUAAAAGUAACACGACGGGAGGCUGUGUGGAGGGGAAGUCGCCACAUAUAGCUUCAGUUGUCCAAGGUUCUAACAGGAAUGCUAUUACACCUCUGGUGCAAUGUACCAGUCAUAUGUGCCCUAUCCGAGUUCACUGGCAUGUUAAAGUAAACUACAAGGAAUAUUGGCGGGUAAAGGUCACGAUUACAAACUUCAACUACGCGUCAAACUACUCGCAAUGGAACUUAGUCGUCCAACACCCCAACUUUGAAAAUCUGACCCAGAUUUUCAGUUUUAAGUACAAGUCAUUAACACCUUAUGCAUCGAUAAAUGAUACUGGCAUGCUAUGGGGGAUAAAGUUCUACAAUGAUUUGCUCAUGCAAGCUGGACCUAAGGGCAACGUGCAGUCGGAGCUUCUCUUCCGGAAGGAUAAAUCGACUUUUAGUUUUGAGAAAGGUUGGGCUUUCCCUCAAAGGAUUUAUUUCAAUGGUGAUAAUUGUGUCAUGCCACCCCCCGACGCCUAUCCAAUGUUGCCAAACGCCGGCUCAAGAAAGUACAUCUCGCUGCUCACUUUAUUCAUAACUUCCAUAUUGACAUUCGCAUUCAUAUAUGCGUUUGCUUAAGUCAGUGUUCUUGUAAAUGUGUAAGUAAUUAAAUUCUCAAGCGGACUAGUUCACCCCGAUAGUUCGGUCUAGCAACCGAGUUGUUCUUGAACAUGGGUGAUUUGAAUUUUGAACCAAAUAUUUAAUGAAUUGAGGUGGUGCUGAUCUUAAUUCCUUGUAGCUUCAUGGAUGGUGAAUUCACUGCCAUUUUGUUACUCGUAGUUUUUGUUUUGUAUAUGUAACAGAUACAAGGAUAAAUAACAAUUAAUGUGAGUUGGGGUUUUGAUAGUACA